AUGAGAGACCCACUGCAGCUGCUCACAGGACUGAUAGUCAUCACAGCUUGCUCUCAAUCUCUCUGUGCACUAGACAUCUGCCAAGAGGAGGUGGCUCGUCUGCGGGAACAGGAGAAGCUUCUGAAGGGCCAGCUUCAGACACAAGAACUCCUCCUACACAGACUGCGAUUGCUGAACCAACCUGGCACCAUGUAUAAUGCGAAAGCCAACAAGACCCAGGACACCGAGUACACCGAGUACACAGACUGUUCCCAGGUCUUCACCUCUGGCUUCAAAUCCAGUGGUUUCUACAGAAUCAAAAACAUCAGAGUCUACUGUGAUAUGAGUGACGGAGGUGGCUGGACCGUCAUACAGAGACGGAUCAAUGGAACAGAGACAUUUAACAGGUCAUGGGCAGAGUAUAAGGAUGGUUUCGGAGACAUGAAAACAGAAUUAGGAGAGUUUUGGCUUGGAAAUGACAACCUGCAUCACAUCACUGCACAAGGAAAUUACUCUCUGAUGAUUAUCCUGGAAGACUUUGAUGGUAACCAGCGCUACGCUGAGUACAAGAACUUCAAAGUGGCUGAUGAAAAGGAUCACUACCGACUUACCUUUGGAGCCUAUAUAGGAACAGCAGGAGAUGCUCUGUCUGGAAAUUAUCAGGUGGGAGUGUCAGGGUGGGCCAGUCACCAGGGCAUGAAAUUCAGCACCUACGACCAGGAUAAUGACAACUACGAAGGAAACUGUGCCAAGGAAGACAAAGGAGGCUGGUGGUUCAACAAGUGUCACUCAGCCCAUCUUAAUGGUCAAUACUACCCCAGUGGUCACUACAGUGCAGUGACAGAUGAUGGUGUUGUUUGGUACACUUGGAGAGGAUGGUGGUAUUCCCUGAAGACCAGCAUCAUGAAGUUGCGACCCACUGACUUCAAAACUGACCCCACUGAUGACCCCAAUGCUGUUAAUCCCGGUCCACCUUCCUAGAUCAGACAUGAGGAGAUAUCAGAUCUAUGUUUUUUGUGGCUGAAACAG